AGUCAAAUCAUAUCUAACAUAUCUGUAUGAAAAGAAAGAGUAGAAAAGGCAGAAAAGUGCAAAAAAAGAAGUCUUCUGUUUUUCAAAAUAUAUGGGUAAAAAAAGGAAAGAAAACACCAGAGGGAGGUUUGAACCUGCAGUUCUACAUUAGAUAGAACAUUUAGUGAUUCUUCUAUUAGAAACAACAUUAGGCUUUAUCUAAAAUUAAAAAGAUGGAAAAACAUGGCACUGUUGAUAGGACGCAUGCCUCUUGCAGAUCGGAGCUACAACCGUGAUCCUAGGUGUUGUCGUCUUUAAUGAAUCAACCGUUUCAAUCCGGAACUCUAUCGCCGAGUCGUUAAAUUUUUUAAUUUAAAAUAAAGAUACAAAAAGGACAUCAUGUGUCCAGCAAUUAUGAAGGGAAAACAAUAGACAAUACAGUAAAAAUUCAACAAAAUGCAAAACGGUUAAUAAAACUUGCAAAAAACCAUACACAUAGAAAUCUCUCCAUGCCGCGGUCUGAUGUACGAGGACAAAGAGUGGAACAUUUUGCAGUUUUGCCCCUCAAACUCCUCUGGGUCUCGCAAUGCCGCCCCCCUGCGCUCGCCGCCUCGCCGCCCACUGGCACUGGGUCGUCGACGCCCUCGCCGGCGACGAGGCCCUCGACUUCUCCCUCAUCAAAGCUAUCGGUGCUCCGCAGCGCUGGUGGGCGCCUCGCCGGAGCCCCUCGCGGGCGCGCCGGAGGCAACGCGGGAGAGGCUCGCGCUCCGAUGCCUGCGGGAGGUCGCCGCCCAGGGCGAGGCCCCGUCUGCGGCUGCGGCGGCGGCGGCGGGGGGCAGGACGAUGCUUAGGGUUGAUGCCGCCCGCUCCUGCGAGGAGUUGCUGCUCGAGCUGCUCGGACAGGUUGGUAGUUCAGGAAGCUUGGAGAAAGAUACGGUUUCGCCUUUUAUCAACGAUAUACAAAAGUUUAUAUGUACCAAAACACCGGUUUUACCAGAAACUUCUUUUGAGUUGCUUAGAGAAGUGAACCCAGAGAUCGCAUCUAUGGUCCCACCGUCCCCAGUGGAGCAGGGUGGCAAGAACAAUGGUAAUGACCAGUUGUUCUGCAGCAUCAGCCCGGAUCAUGUAAAUACAGAGAGGCAUCGGUGCCAUACAGAUAGUUCUGAUUUUCAGCGACAGAAGGAUCCUAUGGAGCGAACUCCAGAUUUGCAUGAACCAUCUAGGCUGUACAAUCGCCCUCAAGAAGAUACCAUUGGUGUCAGUGUCAGGUCCGCACAAACGAGUCCAAGUAAAGAUAGUAGAAACACGUCCAUUACAGCUGAGCCUACUUCAGCUAGCUGCAGUGCUGAUUUGCUCCGAAGUAAGGCUAAACUUAUGUCAAAGCAGGAUGCGGUGGAGACUACCAUGUCCCAAGAAAAAAGUCCAACUGCCAUUCUUCAGCGAGAAUCCUGUGGAGACAAGUACAGAAAUCCAUGCCACGAUAAUGAUGGAGAGAGACCACAUGGUGAUGACACCAACAUUCAUUUAUCAAAGAAUCUCAGUCAUGAAGGAUUGACCAUGCAGGCUAUGGUGGCUCCAGAUUCUGACAGAACUAAUGCUUUACGGACAAAUACAUCUGAAACAAAUCACUUGCCUGAGUUUGUUGCUGCAGAUGUUACAGGCGUGAUGACAGAAUUACAUGGCAGAAAAACCCAAAGGAAUUCACCGCAACAUGACAGUGGCGAGACAGCAGUUCAAGUUCGGGAUGAGGGUAGUGCCGGGAUUCAGCCAGUGGAAAAGGAUCCUGGUCAUAAUGAACUGAAUCUGCAAACUGCCGGUGUUGUACCUUCUGUUAGCUGCAACAGGGCUGUUCAAGGAGAUAAAUCUGAAACCAACCUUCAACAAGAGAAUGCUACAGGGCAUUCUAAAAUAUUUGAGGAGAAGAAUGAUGAUAAGGCUCAUCUCGAGGUCAGUUGUGCUGACAAAGCUAAUCCAGCACUACUUGAUGAUGUCAACAUCUUGGAAAAUAAUACAUCCGGUGGUAGGCAGACUGCUCUAGAUUCUCCUUGCUGCAAUGUGCCCUCCUCUAGUCAGGAUAAAGAUGCCAAUGGUUCCAUCAAGGGCCUUACGGAGCAAGAUUUGUGCAUAAAAUGUGGUAAAGAUGGACAGUUGCUGAAAUGUAGCAGCUGCUCAUUAGCCGCCCAUGAUGGCUGUUUUGGUUCACCAGUGACUUUUGAUGCUUCUGGCCAGUUUCAUUGCCCUGUAUGCUUCUAUACUAAAGCUACCGAAGCAUAUCAAAAGGCUAAAAAUGCAUAUUUGGAAGCUAGGAAGAACCUAUCUUCUUUCCUUGGCACAAAGCAAUUCCCAAAGUUACAUGAACAAUCUACUGGAAAACAACAAACAGCUACCAACAGCAAGGAUCAAUUGAAUGAGUGUAAUACAUCCAAAAGGCAAGGUAACCAUCAAUCUGAAGCGGAUAAUCUUUCUCAUAUGGAUGAAGAACCUAGUCUGCAGAGGAAUAAGCAGAGAACAAAUGAUACAAGUGUUGCUUGUCCUGAGGAUCAGUUGAAUGGGUGUAAUACAUCCGAAAGGCAAGGUAACCAUCAGUCUGAAGCUGACAACCUUUCUCAUAAGGAUGAAGAACCUGGUGAGCAGAGGAAGAAGCAGAAAACAAAUGAUACAAGUGAUGCAUGUCCUGAGGAGGAUCAGUUGAAUGGGUGUAAUACUCCCAAAAGGCAAGGUAACAAUAAGUCUGAUGCAUAUAACCUUUCUCAUAAGGAUCUAGAACCUGGUCAGCAGAGGAAGAAGCAGAAGACAAAUGCGACAAGUGAUGCUUGUCGUGAGGAUGUAGUCACUGAAAAGGCAUCUUUUGGUCUGAAUUCUAAUAUUGCACCAAAUAAAGAUUCUGUACUCCAAAAUAAAAGAAAACAAGUUCAUGUUACAGAGCAUGAGCAGUCUGUGGAAAAUGCAGAAGCUCAUGAAGAUGGUAACAACAAUUCAUUUUGUGAACCGCAACAUUCAUCUCAGAACAGAUGUAGCCCUGUUGUCAAUCAGAAUGUUGAGGCUGACAAACAUGUCAGUCUUACAAAUUCUCAUGAGUGUGAAAGUUCUGAUGAAAUAGAAGCUACGUCUUCAAAUGAUUCCGGCAAGCAGUCGUCACCCCCUUGGCGAAACAUGAGACACCGCAAAGCAAAAUUUCAAGAAAAGGAGACGGUAGUAUCAGAAAAUUCUAAAAAGGCAUUGGGAUGCCAGGAUCAGCACAUGCCUUCACCAUCAAGGAAACGGAAGUAUGCAUAUCCACCCAAGCGUUACUGUAAUCCUCUUGCACCAGCUGGAAGGCGCUCAAAGCUCUGUUGGACAGAAGAAGAAGAGCAAGCUUUGAGGGAUGCAAUGUUAAAAUUCACCCCAAAGGACGAUGAGCUGAUUCCAUGGAUUCAGAUAUUAGAAUAUGGUAGGAAUGUGUUUCACAAGGCACGCCUCCCGAGUGAUCUGAGAGUCAAAUGGAGGAAUAUGAAGAAGAAAUCAGAAUCCUAGUAUUGACUGGCACCUUAUGCAGCAACUGUGCCAUGCCUGCCCUAACCCAUUAUUACCUCCUCGAGCUAGCCACUUGUUCAUCGGACACCUAAUGCAGCAAAGGAGCAAGACGAGGAGGAGCUGGUGCUGGGGGUGGAUAUCACCUCGUCCUCGAGGGAGCAGCAGGAGUGAACGGAGCACGCGGCGGCCAAGGAGGUGUGUGGUGCAGCCACCCAAGAAAGCUGGGAACGCGUCUGGUGGUGACAUGGAGCCCGAUUUCCUCGGGGAGCCCUUCAACGCCGAUGAGGCGCGCACCAAGUGGCCACAAUGCUACCAGCGAGGCCCCGCAAAGAGACCAGAUGAGCAGGAGGAUGUCAUGGCGUGGUGCCAAUACCGCUCUGCCAAGGUUGACGACGUAGUCUACACGCGGGGCGACGACGACUAUGUCAUGGCUAACUAUGCCAUGACUGGCUGCAAGCCUGUUAAAAGUGCCUGCUCACUAGCUUAGUGUGUUCUCCCUGAACUUCAAAUACACCGAGGAAGUCUGGUUUCCUCCAUGAAACUCAUGUACUUGUAUUCUGUUGAUUCGUUUCUUCAAUGUAGCACCGGGGAAACCCUUGUUUUUGUAAAAUAAUAGUAAUUGCUCCGCUUGCAUAGAGUAGCUACUGUUUACAUCUGUAUACAGAUGGCUUGACACAUGCAUAAAAAUGCUCCCGAUAGGAUUUGAAACGGGGUAGUUUAGAACAUUUGGAUAUUCUUACAAAGGCUAUUCAUUUCUGGCAUUACGAUUUUUCUGAUUGUAUGAUGGAUGCUCUAAAUGUUGCUUAACCUGUUCUUCACUGCAAACUUACAUGAAUCUAUGGCUCUUUAUCCAAAAAGUUCCACUUUGAUUAAAAUGCGUAACGACCAGAUACUUGAGCUCUUAUAUUGCUAUCACUCUUUAAUAAUCACUGUCUAUCUUAAAUCGUUGUUUUCUUUUGCCAUUCACAAGCUGGGGAAAAUGAGGCUGAUUACAUUGGCCGAAUAACUGAGUUCUUUGAGGGUACCGACUGGUGCCACUACUUUAUAUGUCGUUGGAUCUUUCGUCCAGAGGACAAGGUGAUAUCCAGAACCAAGCUUGUCCAAAUGUACGUGCGUUCUCCGUGAGGAAAGAAUGAUAAUGUGCUCUACUGCAUCCGAAUAACUCACAAAUCGCACAACGAUCGACAACUCUCUCCUUAAACACUGCAACUGGUCAAGAUGAGGGCUACACAGGUGUUGUUCCUGGCCCUCGCCUUACUCAUGCUAGCAUCAGAUGUGGUAACAGAGGCGUCAAUGGAUGAUAGCGUUAAAAUCUUGAGGUGUGCGGCAACCAAUAUACCAUCACCACAGCCAUGUGACAACUUCACUUGCGAACUGGCAUGCUUCAACCUUAUAAAGUUACCCAAACAAGGCAAGUGCACUGAUUUCCAAUGUAAGUGCAUGAUAUGCGAAGACACCCCUCCAUUAUAAUGACAAAUGGGUGGAAACUAGCUAAGGUAGGAUGACAUGUUCAAUGGAAUGAUGCGAGGAAAUCGAAAAUGGUGUAGCUGUAAGGUUGUUCACUAAUAAACGACAUAUUAUGAAGAAUGAUGGAUUUGAUCUA